AUGUCCACCGGGCACGUAGAAGCUUCUGGGAGCCCUCUGCAGCCGCUGAUGAAGGGCCCGCGGCCUCCGAGCAACGAUGAACGUCCCCAUGGCGUAUUCAAGAGCACUGAUGGCAUCGCAUCCAACGUGAAUGAUGACCUUCGCGCUCGACGCAGCCGCGCCAGCUACGACUACCUCGUCGGAGCCAGCGACGGCCGGAGUCUGGGCAACACCAGCAACAACUUCGUCUACCACUCCAACCGGAAGCCGACGGGGGGCAGGAGCUUGGAAUAUCUUGACGGGGACCAGAACCGCAUCUCGAAUGUCGCCCAAAACCUUGGCGACCAUCACGACGACCCGCACUGCUUCGACUCCGACAGCGAUAGUGGCGAGUGCCUCCUCGAUCACCAGAUCCGACUGCUGGAAGCGAAGAAAUCGGCUGCGAGCUCGCGCAAGUGCGCGAACCCGGGCCCGGUCGGCCUGCUCGGCUUUGGCCUCUCGACGAUCCUGCUGAACCUGCACAACACCGGGAACUUUCCGCUGUCGACGGUGAUCGUCGCCAUGGGCAUCUGCCUCGGCGGAGGUGCGCAGUUUAUCGCGGGUAUGCUCGAGUGGGUGCGCGGUAACACCUUCGCGUACGUCGCCUUCACCUCGUACGGUACCUUCUGGCUGUCCCUCGUGUGCGUCUGGAUGCUGCCAAACACAGCCGCCGGCACCUCCAACCUCGUGGCUCCAGCGAGCGAGUACUUUGUAGGCGUGUACCUCUUCUUGUGGGGCAUCUUCUCCUUCGUCAUGCUUUUGUGCACUAUCCGCAUGAACCUCGCCAUCUUUCUCGUGUUCCUUACCGUGACGCUGCUCUUCCUGAUGCUCGGCUGCAGCAGCAUGGCGAACAGCGCGAUAGGGCUGCGUGCGGCUGGCUACGAGGGCAUCAUCUGCGGCUCCCUCGCCCUCUACCUCGCCUUUGCCGAGAUUCUGAACGAGAUGUGGGACCGCACAGUCCUGCCGGUGAUCCCGAUGACGCAGGCGCUCGGCUGGUUCGGCACCUUAAAGGGCUACAAGGCAACGCAGCUGGAUAAGAGGAAUAGGUCAACGCGCAACGCCUCUCAGCAGUCGGAAAGGGGAGUGAGGAGGUAA